AUGCAUGACUUCGUCGAGGAUUAUGUCCAUGGCUGGGAACCCGGCUACCAAAUCAGUGCGCCGGCACUGGCCUUUUACCGACGUGGAGGUUUGUGUGACCCAGUGCCUGGGCGCAAUGCCUUUGAAUUCGCGGUGCAGAAAGAUCGCAUUCGAAGCUCUGGCAUGAUGCUCCGGGUUGUUGCCACAUCUCUCAAGACUGGGCAAGCCAAGUGGUGGGAUGAGAAUUCGGACACGAUCAUUCAGGGUUGCGAGGCAUCAGGGGCCAUUGCGCCGAUUAUUUAUCCUAUGGAGGUAGACCACGAGGCCUUUGUGGAUGGUGGUUUCGUAGCCAACACGCCGAUUAUGAAGGCGUUACAGGACGGAGCACAGACCGUCCUUGUUGUAAAUCUUGACCCGCUCUCAACGAGUGGAUUGAUUUCAAAUCUGCAAGCCCUUCAAAAGGCUGAUACCAAUGUGGGACUCAGAAUAAUGCAAUCUGAGUUCAACAUCAUGCAGCAGAGAUACUUCCUGGAGCAUGAGCUGCAGAUGGCCUGCUGGGGUUUUCCGGACCGCAAGAUCCUCGCAUAUACACCAACCAAAGAUCCAGGAGACUUCUUGUCCUUUUCCAGCGUGGCGUUGCAGAGGAUGCGGGACCAGGGCGUGCAGACUGUCAACGAAACAGAGCCAGUGGACUUGUGCGAAUUAUUUUUUAAGCACUAUUCCACAGACAAGCCGAACAAGGAGGAACGUGCUGCACUGGCAGGACGUCCACCUCCCGUCGUAUACGCUGCCCGACUCCGUGGAGCCCCCGCAAAGCUCCACGCCUUGACCUCGUCGACCUCAUCCCAGUCAGCUCUAUCCCUCCAACAGUGGAUGGAUAUGAGGUUCACAACAUGUUGCUUUUUGCUUGGCCUCUUAGCCGGCUUUUCCUUGAAGCAAAGCUGUGUUCGAUCCUCGCUACUUCCUUAUCCUGAGUUGGACGUUUGA